AUGCCUCGAAAAAAUCAUAAUAAAAAUACGAAAAAAAAACUUAAUGUGAAGCUUCGUUUAGACGAUAAAAACGUUAAUGAAAUAAUAAAGAUAGUUAAAAAAUUAAUUAAAGAACAUAAAUCUUUCAUAUCACGCCAGUUGUAUAGAAAAGAGGUCACGACAAAAAAUCAUGAAUUAGAAAACUCUAAGCUUAAAGAAUUAGAAAAUCAAAUUGAUUCACUUAAUUCCAAAGCCAUACGAUUAGAAAAUGAUAAAAUUUUAUAUGAAACAGAAAACAAUAAACUCAAAGAAAAAUUAAAAUGCAUUACCAACUUAUAUGAAGAAAAUAAAUCAGAUCUAGAAAGAUAUUAUAACGUUAUUCAAAGAACUUAUUCGAUAUUACAGGAAGCGUUUAGUUCUAAUGAAAUAGAUAUUAGUCAAUUAGCAGGUUUAUGUAAUGAAAUUAAAGAUGUUUGUGAAGGAAGUGAAGUUGGUUCUAAUAUUUCAAGUGCAGGACACUCCACAGAUAAUAUAGUAUACAGUUCGUUUGAUGAUGCUUUAAGUGUCUUUGAGCCAAAAAUAGUUGAAGUUAUUGAAGAAAAUGAUAGUGAUCAAAAUUUUCCAUCUUUAAAUCGUUUUCUCCAUUUUUAUGAGCAUUGCAGUGAUCCAAACGAUCAAAAAUUUUAUUCUUUUUAG